AUGGGCUCAACGAUGUUGGAUGAUGUGGAUGAUAACAUGAUGGGUAUAAAGUCCCUUCACCUGUACGAGCUGCUAAACAAUGUAGUGAAAAUUGGCGACAAAACACAGUUGAUGACGGCUGGUCCCGAGGAAGUUUUGCCCGAAUUGAUUCAACAUAUCACCGAUACGAUACCGUUUGACCUAUUCAUAAAUCUCAAGAACGGGACAAGCGAUGCCAGGAGACUCAUUGGUAGGCUGAAUGGCUUGGGCAAGUUUCUGAAUGAUAAUUUCUUGCAAAAACAUAUAUUCCCAUUUACUAUACUUCGGAUAUGCGAGUUGUGCUAUGAUCCAUUCAAGUACUAUAAGAUCAAUGAGUUAGACAAAUUUGUAAAUGCGUUGGAAAAGUGCUGUUUGGUCACUACUAGUUGGCAAGAGCCCGAAAACAUUGACGAUAAGAAGGAAGAAGACGCCGAUGGGAAGGACAUCAAAAGUCAAGAAGACGUCUCGCUGAUGAAGAUCCCGUGGAUGGAUGAAGAAACUACUGACCAGCUAACUCCCUUUAUUAGAGAAAUUGAUUCGAUAAUGAGCGUCAAUCUAGGCUAUGAUGAUGAAGAAGAUGAAGAUAAUGAAGAAGGGGAAGAGGAAGGAUUUUUUGACGGCGACGAGAAUGAGGAACCUGAAAGUAAGACUAAGCAUAAUAUUCUAUUAAAAGACGAAAAUUUCAUGGUGGAAGAAUAUUAUGAGGACGAUGGUGACAUAAACGAUGAUAUUACAGAUAAGAAGAGGCAAACUAGAUCGAAUUCUGUUGAAGAUGGUGACGAUCGCGACGAUCGCGACGAUGACGACGACGAUGACGAUGAUGACGAUGAUUAUCGCGAGGAUGCAUUGGAGGAAGACGAUGAAGAUGACGACCACAUGGGAAGCACUGAUGACGAUGAAGACGAUGGCGAUGACGAGCGAGAGGAGGGAAGCCUCAAGGUACGCAGACGGGACGAUAAGACGGAAACUCCAAGGAAGAGAAAACCAACAGAACUAGACAACUUCGAAUAUGACGACCAGCCAUCGCYCACAGGUAAGGACCUCACAACGCCGAAAAAGUGUAAACAUAACACGACGGGCAGAUUUUCAAUAAUAGAGUCGCCCUCGUCAUCACUGCUGAGCAGCAGUCAUGCGAUGAUAUCCAGCCAAGAGGAGGAGAAAGAUGAUGAUCAUGGAUUGAGAAAUGACGAGGGCCUGAACGACGGGCUGUCACAGGAUGACGAAUUGGUCAGUCCGUCGAUGAGUUCCUCGCAAGAGGAUAAGAUGAUUGCGAUUGCUGGUAUCACGUACCGCGAGAAUAUCAGCAGUCCAUUGGGCAAGAAGUUCAGGUGA